AGAGAGAGACUCCCAAAUCGAUCUGCAUCGUCGAGGUUGCAGAGUGGUGCUCACGCACACAUCACAUCACACCCAGUUUCUUCUACUUCUUCGAAAUUCAACCAACCAAACUCAUCCCACUGUGAAAAAGAGAGAGAAGGUGAAAGAAAAAUCUUCAAUGACAUGACCUAGUCUCAGUCUUUGGGUUUGUCCUUCUUUGAUCACUUCUCUUCUCUUUCUUUGGAAAAAAAAGGAGAAGAAGAAAAGUUGUACAAAACACGCUUGAAUAUCUCUCAAUUCGCAUUGAUUCCUUGAAUUCAACUAACACAUUAUCAGGCAUACAUAUAUAUUUUGGUUGGUUGUAUCUAAAUCCCGAUUCCCUUCUUCAACCCUAACUAACUACUUCGUUUUCAGAUCUAUCAUCUACAAACCCUAAACCCUAUCUCUCUGUGUGUGUGUGUGUGUGAAUAGUUUGCCCAAAAGUUGAAGCUUUUUUCUUUUCUUUUUUUUUGAAUGGUUUCUGGUUGGAAUCUGCGAAUCGGAGACAACAUUAGUUGGUAUUGGAAAUUUUGACGAUCGGUGUCAAACUGACUCCUCCUGCAUAACAACUUUGUUUGACAAAGUCUCGCCUCAGCACAGUAACAGAUGGAUGAGGAUUCAGAAAGUACCUCAUGGGGGUUGCAUCAAUCCACACUGAUUGGUCACAUGAAUGGUGCUUCAGCUGUUGACCACUCUGACCUUCCAGCGGCAUGUGUAUUGUGCCAAAGAGUCCUUUCACCUGAUAAUGAUGCUGGGGAUCUUGAUGUUAGCAUAUGUGGAGAUUGUAAGUUUUUGUUUCUAGAAGAAUUUGGAACCUCAACAGAAGAAGCUCAUCCAAGGAGGAGAAACAGAGUUAGAAGAACCAGACACGGCAGUUCUGAGUCAAUUGAGAAUUUUUUUUCACAACAGUUUUCACAUAUGAUUAGCCUGGCAAGGCAAAGCCAACCAACUGCACCUGAUCACGAGAGUCAAAUUGCAGACAGUGAUGCUGCCGCAAGAUUCCUGCAGCGCACAAGUUCCCGAACUACUCCAAGUGGGUCCAGAAGAUGGAGGAGGGUAGUGUCUGAUACUGAAAGUGAUGGGUUUGAUUCUGUUUAUGGAGAGAGUGAAUCGAAUAUCAGCUUUAGUGGGUACAGGCCUUUCCAGAGUGAGAGUGAUGCCAUUUCAUUUAGUGCUUAUGGAGGGGAUUCUGAUGCUUCUGUGGAUGGACAUAGUUUCCUGGAUAUGGAAAUGUUUAACAAUCCAGAUGCAGGAAGUGAUCUUGAUAGCGACACUGAUAUUGACCCUAUGCGUGCGGGUCUCAGCCAAUGGAACUCAGAUGACCAGGAAGAAGAGGUAGAGGAAGAGGAUGAAGAAGAGGAAGAAGAUAAUGAAUGGGAAGAAGCUGAUGCAGAUGAAAAUGCUGUGGAAUCUUCAGCAGGUGCUCAGAUUCAAAGUUCAUUAGAUCCAAGUGAAAGCAAUGGCGCUGUAACUAGGCGCAGACAGCUUCAUACUCCUGAAUUUGAGGUAGCCAUUCGUUUGAGAAUCAGGGAAAGGAUGCAAACAUAUAUGACUAACAUAUUUACUAACUUGGAGGAACCAGAGGUACUAUUGCCUUUUGUUAGGAAUUCUGGGGAUUAUCUUGAUGCAAGAGGCUUUGAUGAACUGCUUGAGCGUCUUGCUGAGGCUGACAACUCGAGACGAGGAGCGCCUCCUGCAUCUGUGUCGUUUGUGAAUAGUUUACCACGUGUGGUCAUCAAUGAGGAGCAUGAGAAGCAGGAUGGUUUGGCCUGUGCAAUCUGCAAGGAUUUUCUAUCUGUUGGUACUGUGGUAAAUCAGCUGCCCUGUUUUCACCUCUAUCACCCUUCCUGUAUCUUACCAUGGUUAUGUGCACGGAACUCGUGCCCCCUUUGUCGAUAUGAGCUUCCAACUGAUGAUAAGGAUUAUGAGGAAGGGAAGCGGAACACUAGCAGAACUCUAGAGUUUCAUGAAAUCCAGCAGCAGGUGAUGAGUGAGGAGGAUAGUUCCUCGGACAUCAAUGAUGAUGCUGAGGCAGAUGGAUCCUGUGAAUUUAGUAACGAUAGAACAGAGCUGGCGGAUUUUGUAUGUGAGGAGCAUGCUGCAGGGAUCUCUGGCAGUGAAAAUGGAAGAGGAAGAUGGUUAUUUCUUGCUGCUGCUCCAAUUGUGAGUCUUGUAGGUAUUGUUCUUGUGUUGUGGUUAGGCAACCCUCGAACUGAAAGAAGAGGGCCAAUUGGCCGUCAUGACAUCCCUGGACAGGGACAGCACCCUCCAACUCACAGCCCUGGGUCCUCCUGGCUACCCAACCAAAGGGAGAGCAGGAGCAGGAGCAGGAGGUGGUGGUCUCUUUUUUAAAAAGUUCUCUAAUUGUCAUAAUGAUAUUAUUGAAACUAUUGGUAACUUGUUUUGUAUGUACCUGACCUAGUGUUUUCAUGAAUUCAGAAGGGUUUUAAGUGGAUAUGGCUCUUUUAGUUGAAUUCUUUUAUUGACGAAUUGAAGUUGUUUA